AUGGUCCUGGUCAUGAAACUUCUGUUCCUCACCUGCCUGUGGCCGACAGCAGUGCUACACAGUUCUCAAAGUCAGCAUCACCAUCUUCAUCAUCGGCAACAAUUUUCAUUCUUAAGAAAGCAUAACAGCAAACGAGAAAUUAAAAUGAGGAAACUUGACAGCACCAAAGUAUGGCCACUUAAAUCUGAGCAGCUUCUUCGCAUAGAGGACCAUGACUUUGCACUGAGACCUGGAUUUGGAGGGUCACCAAUACCUGUGGGCAUUGAUGUGCAGGUAGAAAGCAUUGACAGCAUAUCUGAAGUUGACAUGGACUUCACAAUGACUUUGUAUCUCAGACAUUACUGGAAGGAUGAAAGACUUUCAUUUCGUAGUAACAAAAACAAAAGUAUGACUUUUGAUGGAAGACUGAUAGAAAAGAUCUGGGUACCUGAUGUAUUUUUUGUACACUCCAAAAGAUCUUUCAUCCAUGAUACAACUGUGGAAAAUGUCAUGCUCCGAGUAUAUCCUGAUGGCAAUGUACUCUUCAGUCUACGAAUAACAGUUUCUGCUAUGUGUUUCAUGGAUUUCAGUAGGUUUCCUCUGGACACUCAGAACUGUUCUUUAGAACUGGAAAGCUAUGCAUACAAUGAAGAUGAUCUGAUGUUAUACUGGAAACAUGGAAACAAGUCCCUGAGCACAGAUGAGCACAUCUCCCUCUCCCAGUUUUUCGUCGAAGAAUUCAGUGCUUCCAGUGGACUAGCUUUUUACAGCAGUACUGGUUGGUACAAUCGACUUUUUAUAAACUUUGCACUCCGGAGACAUAUUUUCUUUUUUGUGCUACAAUCCUAUUUCCCAGCCAUGCUGAUGGUGAUGCUGUCUUGGGUUUCAUUUUGGAUUGACAGAAGAGCCGUUCCUGCCAGGGUAUCACUAGGUAUAACUACAGUGCUGACAAUGUCAACCAUCAUGACAGGAGUAAGUGCCUCAAUGCCUCAAGUGUCUUACAUAAAGGCUGUGGAUGUGUAUUUAUGGAUCAGCUUCCUUUUUGUCUUCCUGUCUGUCAUCGAAUAUGCAGCAGUAAACUAUCUCACCACAAUUGAAGAGAGAAAGCAACUCAAAAAAAGGGGCAAGGCUUCAGGAAUGUAUAGUAUUGAUGCAGUGCAAGCAAUGGCUUUUGACGGCUGCUUUCACGACACGGAUGUGGACAUGGACCUGACUGCUUUCUCAGACCGCUGUGAAGAGAAUGAGUCUCGGGCGCGUGCAGCCAGCGUCUCCAAUGUGGACACAACUCGCAUAAAGAGGAAGAGAUCUCUGAAGGGAAACGUGGGCAGGAUUAUUUUACAGAACAAUCACGUUAUCGACACAUAUUCCAGGAUUAUAUUUCCCAGUGUUUAUAUUGUGUUCAACUUUUUUUACUGGGGUUUGUACAUAUGA